CCCAGCACAGAAAGCCGGCAGGAGCAGUGCCGUUCGCACACAUUCAAAGGGGAGCAGUAGCAACGGACAAGAGCGCGCGCACCCGUUGGGGGUACAUUGCCGACGACGCCGUUUCACGGAGUCAGAAUAGCACGCUUGUUCGCCGUAGAACGUUUUAUUUGCCGCGAACGACGCGAACAGUGCGAAGCGCAAACGAGGAUCCUAGGGACACAUAUCGAGUGCGGUGCGGUUUUAGCUCAAAAUUCCGGAUCCCUACACACGGCAGCGCCAGCGUUCCAAGACAAGGUGCUCACACGGCAUUAGUUUAGUAAAGCGGUGCCCUGCCGUUUGCGUUGUUUUGUCGGGUGAAAGCGAUCUAGAUCGGGCUGGUAGAGAGAUUCCUCGGUCGGGGUACGGACGGAAGUCGCAAUCUUUUUUUUUGUUUUAUGUGAAUUUUACGUGUCUCUGUGUGGCGUGCGUGCGAGUUUGUGUGUUUCCGUUGUUCCUUCUUAAUAUUUCCGUCAACGACCCGGGCGGCCAAAAACGUGCGUGCUUGUAGCUUUACUUGCGGCAAAAAAAACCGAGUUGUGCUGCCGUGAAGUGGCGUGUCGUGUUACCCGGCCGGAAGAUUUUCAUUUGCGCUCAUCGGUGUCCUCAAGAAACCGCCUGGUUGUCGAAGGUGCUACUACUACUACUACUACUACUGCUACCCCACCGGAGUAGGGUUUUUCUGUGUUCCUUCUUGAUUUUGUUGUUGUUGGUGGAACGGAACGUUUCCAUCGGGUCCCUGCAACCCUAUCCUUCGUCUAUCAACCGUGUGCAACAACGAGUGCAGCAGUGUGCUCCAGAAUUGCUUAGGAACAACGAGGUGUACAUCAGUAUACAAUAACUUAGUGCAUAAAUCCGUCGAACUGUAAGCCAGCGACUCGGGGAAAAAGGCAAUACCAUUUGUAUCAAUAGCAACUAAUAUAAUUGAAACAAUUUGUAACGCCCUUCUGUAACGUGGUUUCGUUCUGCGCGCGCCAACUCUAUUACCGAGAAAGUGUUGUCCAUCGUGCGGCCAAAGGCAAGAUCGGCGUAGUGUAUGAGAAUGGACGAUUUUUCGCUAGCCUUCGACGACAACCGUCAGUCGCUGUCGGUAGCAACGGCUGCCACCACGCUAGCACAACUGUCGUCGCAGUUUGAUGAUCUCCACCUUGGCAAUGGUGAUGCUACAACGGCCAGCCUACUGAAUGGUCUGGUAGGCAACGGGCUUAGCAGUAUCAAUGGCUUGCACAGUCAUCAUCAUCAUACACUCGCAUCGCUAGCCGGUCCGGACAGUGGACUGAUCGAUCGACACCACCACCUGACCGGUAGUAUCAGCAACGGUUGCAGUAAUGGUGGUAACGGUGGCGGACAAACCGGCAACACUCCCACCAACGUUCUGGAUACGUUCGUCGCGAUGGUUAGCGGGUUGACCGGUGUGUGUACGAACGGCGGUGUCACCAAUGGCGGUGGGAACGGUAUUACGCAGCAGGGUGGAGGUGGUGGCGGUGGCGGUGGCGGUGGUGGAGGUGGUGGCGGCGGCGGCGGCGGCGGUGGUGGAAAUAACACCACCAACGCAAACAACUCCAUAAACAGCACCAACAGCAAGCUCGAGGAUCGUCCGGUGAAGUACAAGUCACACACCGAGUGUGUCCCAGUGCCAUCGUCCGAGCAUGUGGCAGAAAUCGUUGGCCGGCAGGGAUGCAAGAUAAAGGCACUGCGGGCUAAAACGAACACGUUUAUCAAGACACCGAUCCGGGGCGAGGAACCGAUCUUCGUCAUUACCGGCACGAAGGAGGAUGUGACGCGUGCCAAGCAGGAAAUCCUGUCAGCGGCGGAUCACUUCAGUACGCUGCGCUCCUCGAAGAAGCAAGCGAUUGCGUUGCUGGCCGAGAGCCGCAAUAUGCUCGGGUACAGCAUGCCGGAUGAGAUCACGAUCCAGAUCAGGGUACCGCAGAAAGUGGUGGGGUUGGUGGUUGGCCCUAAGGGUGCCACGAUCAAGAACAUUCAGCUGAAGACCAACACCUACAUCAUCACGCCGAAACGCAACCAGGAGUCGGUGUUUGAGAUAACGGGGCUGCCGACGAACGUACACACGGCCCGGCAGCUGAUCGAGGAGCACAUCGCAACCCGGGCUGGCACAACGUCGGCAUCGGCCGGUGGCGGCGGGGGUGGCAACGGUGGUGGAGGUAGCAGUGCUGGCAGUGGUUCGAGCAGUAGUAGCAGCAGUAGCAGCACCACCAGCUCCAGCGGAUCAUCUUCCUCCUCGUCCGGGCAUGGUAUCGGUACCGGUGGCCUUAGCCGAUCGGGUUCGUCCAGUGUUGCCAGCAAUGGGAACGGUCCGAACUUGGGUUGCCUGUCCGGGAGUGUAAACGGCAGUGCGGGCUCACUGAUCGGUGGCUUUCUCGGUGGUGGCGGUGGCAACGGGCUGCUGAACGGGAACCAGUACCAUCACACGCACCAUCACCACCAUCUACAGGAGCAGCAUCACCAUCAUCAACAACAUCAUCAUCAUCACAAUCAUCACCAUCAGGGGACGCUACUGAAUAGUAGCCUGUCGAGUGCCUUGAACGACGGUGGUAGUAACGGAGUUGGGGGUCUGCUCGGUGGUAUCGGUGAGCACGACUUCGAGGGCAAUCAGUUCAUCAUCGAGAAUCUGCUCGAGUACUUCAACAACAUGUCCGGCUCGAACGCGUACAAUUCGCCGACGUCGAUGGGUGGUGGCGGCGGCGGCGGCGGACCGGGCAGUGUUACCGGUGUCGGUGCGGAACACAUUCCCGACUUCCGCAGCAUCUGGGAGAAUCUGAGCGAAAGUCAAACGUCCGGUACGACGACCGAUACGGACAAUUCGUCCCUCGUCUGGACGCUUCCCUCGUCACCGAGAAACUCCGUGUCUUACAGCCCGGACGACUUUAUCUUUCAACGAUAAUUUCGGCGAUCGUGAAGAUUUAUUUAAUGCUUUUAUUUGUUUGCAAUGUGUUUCUGCACAAACUAAUCGAAGCGAGCCUAUGUACAAGCAAUACCCUGACGACGGCAUUGCUAAAGCGGAGGAAAAUCAUUAUGAUAGGGCAGAGAGGUUAUUAAGUGAGGUGCGCUGUUGUUUUGCGCGUUCGAGGUCUUUGAAGCGAUAUUGGAGCAAAGGAAAUCGCCAAAUCAAGCAGUCAAACCAUACCGGAAACGGUCAGUCGCCGCUCAAAAAAGUGUACAGGAAAAUCAUAUUGCAUUCAUACUAACCUGUAAGCUAAUUCGUUUUGAUUAUGUACUCAGCCCCAGUUGUUAAUCGAUUUAGAACCAUGCGAGUUGCUUUCGAGUUGUUUCUAUUUUUAUUACCAAUUUUUAUGAUAUUUUGUUUCGUUUUCUAUUUGUUUUUUUUUUUGGAAAUUAUUGUUUACUGCGAAUAAUCAAUUUAAAGUGUAAUGCGGGCAAUUUCUAUACUUUGAGCGAGUAUUACGCUUUUUCGCACGGUAGAAUAGUUUUAUGUGAGAUAUUGUUAUGUGUUUGCUAAAUUGCUCCAUUGCUUACGCAAGAACCAUCUGUAGCGCGAUUUGGAACCUAUCUAGUACCGUUUGUCUCUGGAGCACUGCGGCAAGAUUGUUUUCUUGUGAGUUGAUACUUUUUCUUCUUCUUCCUUGGCACUACAACCUCGAUAGGUCUCGGCCUGCCAUUUCUGGCUUUCUGUGACUUAAUUUUAACCGUAGAAAAGUAUUCAGCCUUACGUACGGGGAGGCGGUCCGGAUGGGAUAUGAAAACCGGUCCUGCCGUGUGAAGACCGGCGCCGUUAUCGCCUCGGCUACUGGACCUCCUCAGUUGAGUUGUGUGGGCUCCCCUGUGUGAGUUGAUACAGCUAAGUUUAAUUAUUUCGAGAUGUAGUGUGCCAGUCAAAAGAAAAGUUAUCGAUUGUGAGGAUUAAAAGCACUCAAGGCAACCACAUGCACAAGCAGAAUUUUUUGUCUGAGCAGAACAAUGAGAGCAGAGAAGAGAGAGAAAGAGAACAGAGAAGAGAGAGAGAGAGAGAGAGAGAGAGAGAUUUUCUCUGGGUAGGAAGCGGAAGCAGGAUAAGGAACAUCUCCUAUUUAGAACGGCGUUUGCCAGUACUGACAGAGUUGCCACCGCACCAGAGUGGUACAAGAAGGUGUGUGAGAUACUAACAAGAGAACUGUCAUGUAAUGUUUGCCACAUCUUGUCAGUCUGACGUUUACGUUCAGUAAAGCUAAUGAUUCAAAAUUCAAACUAGUUACUCUACACACUCGAAUGUGAACUUUCAAGGCCCGAGGAAGCUUUUCAAACGUGUCCAAAGGUUCUUUUACCCGCUUCUUUCCUGACAGCUUGAUUUAAACCUCAUAAACCACAUCAGAUACAUUCGAAUUUCUAUUCGAAUUUCCUAUGCCGCAACUCGACAAUAAUUCCGAUUUCUGUCCUAGGAACUCUCUCUGUCUCUCUCUCUCUCUCUCGUGCGUGCAGUGGUCAGGUAGGACGGUCAAAAGGAUAAUAUUUAUCGCAGACAGUUAAGCGAGAAUAGAGAAUGUAUGUGGCCGAAAGUAGAGAAAGGCUCAGUUUUACAUGGUGAAGUUGAAGAAAACGAUCACGAAGUUCAUUCGGAAUGCAGAUCAGACAGUCCAUAACUUAACAAUCAGGCCACGGAUUGUCAUGUUUAUCAUAUAUUUAUAUAUACACAUAUAUGUGGGUGCAUCACUGUGUAAUCAUGUACUAAUACUACUUCAUUAACUUUUCACACACACAUACCUACAUCCCUCGAAAUGGUUUAGUAGGCAAAGCGAUUUCUUAUUUAAGUAAAUGCAUAAACGAUACUGUUAGGGGCAACCAGACAAAGGGUAGAGGUGGCAGAAGCGUAGUGAAGAGUAAACCGUGUAUAGAAGAAAUAUUUAAUAUUAAUUUAUACAUAAAUAUAUAAAGCAAAUGUAAAAGCAAGGCAACAUAAACGAAACAGGGGACAUCAAUAUUUGAUUGAUUAUAGAGGAAACGAGCGACAAGCGCGCCAGUUGAGCGAAAUAGAUGAAGUAUAAUGUUUGUUAGGUUUGCUUUACGUUCUAUUAGUAUUUUGUUACGAACGCUCGUGAGACAACAUGUUAUAAGCCUUCAUCCAAGGUUCUGGUUUAAUUUUGCUUUUGUGUUUCAUCCUCUGGUAUGAUGUACCGGGGGCGGUCCAUCCGUUGGCAGUAGGCACUUCUGCUGCUCAUCUUGACACUUUUAAAACACACGGGCGAAAGUAAAACGGCUAAAGAUGAGGCUUUUUUUACCUACCUGGAGCGGGAUUUUAGAUUCGUUCAUUGAUUUGAAAAUUGGAUGAUCCAACCUGGUGUAAAUGGUUAAUUUAUUUUCUGCAUAGUUUAUUUUUAUUAUUCGGAUAGUAUUUAUGCAGUGGUCUCGGGACGAUGUAUAACGCAGAAUAGAGAGAGAGAGAGAGAGAGAGAGAGAGAGAGAGAGAAAGAGAGGUAGAAACAUCGGGCCGUGGUGGCGUUUACAGUGAUGAAGUGCUUAAAUAGCAAGAUAGAUAGAUAGUUAAGAUGUCGGACACAUUAAGAGUCCGAGAGACGACACUUCCGCAAAAACGUUGUAUGAUGAGAUUAUUAGUCCAGAGGAUUAUAUGAAGCUAAACAGAAAGCUAAGAGAGCGAGAGGGAUAGAGAGAGAGACAGAGAGAGAGAGAGAGAGAGAGAGAGAGCAAAAGCAACAACCAUUUGCCAAGGCGCUUAAAACUAAUCAAACAUUUAAACGAAGUGCAGAGCCGAGAUAUAACACACAAAGGAAAACAAAGAGUGAAAAUAUUAUUAUAAAAAACUAUAUAUGUUAAUCUUCAUCAAAUGCAUUAGAAAGGUGAUCUCUAAUUUAGACGGCCGGAAAGUUUCACACCAGCACAGAGAUUUCUAGAUUAAAUUUCUUUUUAACAUUUUUCAUUAGAAAAAAAACUGCGAAACAAGCUUAAGAAAAAGAUUACCCAAGAUCAGAUUCUUCUUCCUCUAAAGGUCUCGUCUUACCAUAACUGGCGCUCUGUGACUUGAUUUUACCCGUAGCAAAGUAGUCAGCCCUGUGUACAGAGGGAAACGGUCUGGAUGGGAUUUUAACCCCGGGCGUCCUGCCUUGUGAAAGACCGGCGCCGCUGUCGCCUCGGCCUCCCCAAGAUCAGAUUAGAACCAACGUUUCGCGGUGCAUUAGGCCGUACGUUUCUGUACACCACUACGCGAAUUCCCAUGCAUUUUAUUGCAAUAAUUAUGUUUGUACCCCUGUUGUAAGGCUUACCGGUCGUCUAAUUAGAAGUCGCCAUCAAGAAAGUGAGAUAAAGAGAGAGAAAGAAAGAGAGCGAGGAACGAACGUAAGCAUUGUGGUACCAAAACGCAUAAGAAAACGAAUAAUUAUUACUACCCAGCUUCAGAAAGGCACGUGUGUGUGUAUGUGUGUGUGUGUGUGUGUGUGAGAGAGAGAGACAGAGUAAACAUUUUCAAUAAAGAACGCAGAAUGAAUAGUAUGUAGUAAGUAUGUUGUAAAACAGUGAAACGAAAGCAACCAUUUGAUAACACGAAACAAAAUAUAACAGAGCGCAAAGCAGAGGUUAAAAAUUGUGGAAGAGAAGAAAAAGAUGGAUCUUAAGAAAGAUGUCAUAAAAAUGUAUGUAUAAUUCGUAUCAACACAUGCAUGAGACAGAAAAAAAAACACACACACAGAUACACACAAACGUACACAAAAGCAGAUUAUUUUUAUAGUAACAAAACAUUUAAAGCAUUUAACACAUAAUAACGAAACAACACAUGGUAAAGAAAAUGAUAAUGUGUGUGAAAGAAAGAGCGAUGGAGAGAGAAACAGAAAGAGAAAUUAAAGAAAAAUAAAUAAAUGAUUAAAAUAUGAUUAAAAUUGGCUUCCGAAGGGGAAAAAAGAGACGUGAAACACGAAACGAGCAAAAUUAGUGGUAAAGUCAAAAGUGAGGUUAACGCGGUCCUCCUCUGCCACCGGUAGUACUGUGUUCCAUUUAUCUCUGGGAAAUUCCCGAGAUAAAGCGAGAAACGUAACGAGGAGAACGAAAGAGAGAAAGAGAAAGAAUAAAAAGUAAUAAGAGAAUAAAGAGAAGAGAAAAAAACAGAUAUUGAAUAUUCCUAUACAGACACAUAUAUAUAGAUGAUAUAUAGAUAUAUAUAUAUAUAGUAUAUAAAUAUAUUUAUGUACAGAUAUACUGCGUAGGCUGUAGAGCGUUUGCGUUUCAACGUAUUAUGCUCCUACUAUUUUGUGUUUUUGGCUCUUGUGUUUUCGGUUUACAAAGAACAGAGUGGAAGGGUAACUAAACGAGCGAUUGAGAGAUAACACUGGGAUACUCCCAAGCGACGUAUGAUAAAAUUGCAUAGAAGAAUAGCACGGUCAGUGCAUAUGACAGAUAGCCGGAGUAGUAGUAUACUACGCCACAUACGCGAGCGUUUCUCCUGUCAGAUGAAUCCUAGAACAGUUUCAUAAUAAGAUUACUAGGCAGAUUUUAAAAAUUAAAUCUCCAGGAAAAUAAACUGCCCCCUACUCCUGCCAUUCCUACCGGCGAACCCUCUGUUUGUAGUAGAAACUAAGCAACACUUCUCUAUUACGGCUUCUUCCUUUUGCAGAGUUGGUCGCGCUUGUAGAUGUGUAUUUGAGAUUGGGAUCGGGUUUUGUUUCUUCAAUUCAGAUAAGAAUUAACCAUCUAAAAAAGGAUCAUAAUUACCUGUAAUUCCAUUAAACACCCACAAAAUCCUCAUUCACAUACGUAUGCAAAAACAUAGCUGUCGAAUGGAUUCUGCAGGCGCAAUUUGUCACCAGUGUGACAGCAAUCGAGCUGCCAGAAACCGAGUUGAGCAAUAGCGAGUUUGGAAAGGACUGUCGAAACGGAGUUAAAAAGAAGAUGGUGCAAAAGAUAGCGGUAAACAAGGCAAACAUAUAUGAUAAUAUACCAGAAUAAUUACUAGUAGGGAUAUCACCUUAUAGAUUUGUUGUCUGUGUCGAUAAGUUUUAUAAUGUUUCUUUGUAUUUAUAUGGAGUUUAUGACGAGCGUAGCAAUUACUCAAGUCCAGAACGUUUUCACCGGUGGUUCGUAAAUAUAUCCUAACCUAACUAUAACGUGUAGAAAUGCGCCAGGCCCCUUAGCUAUCAUGCAGGAAAUAUCAUUUGUACGAAUAACAGUCAUCUUAGAAAAAAAGGGAGGGCAACAGUGUUAACACACGCUGUCACGAAUAGUGCAUCUGUCCCACUCGAUAGCCAUAUAUGGUUUGCUCCCAGGAAAUACGUGUGUACGUGUACUCUAACUAACUGAUAACUUCUGUCUAGUAUAUAUCCCAUUAAUGUGACAAGGCAACGUUAAUAUCGAAUGAAUUUUUUAACGUCACACUAAUAAUACCUCACUGGGCAGGUUAUACUAAAAGGACGUGUGUAUGUGUGCGUGACGAAAAGGGUUUUGGUUCUUACCUAUGGUUUGGUAGUAAAGUUCUUAUUGAAUGUGCAAUUUUAUUGUUAUGAUAACAAAAAACCAACAUAACAAAAAGGGCUAAUCAAUAUUUUCUAUCGAUGGUACAUAUUAACUCUACUACUACUACUAUCACUACUACUAUUACAACCACUACUAGUACUAUCAUUUUCUGUUUUUCUUUCCACCGAGACUUCUAGUAUCGCCUUCAGUAAAGAAGCGAACAUUCUUGGGGUGGAAAACAACCUCUUAGUUGUUGUUUGAUAAACCGGAUGUGUGAAUACAAAUUACACUUGACACAUGACAUUUUGAAAAGGAACUGGUGCUGGCGCUCUCUAGCUGUCAGUACACCUAAUGAUAGUUGUCCGAAUUGAUGGCGGAUUUCGAACAAACACUAACGUUAGUGGUGUCAGUAAGAGUUCACUGACACUGACGCCAGUCUCCAUCCUCAGUAGUGUGACAGUACCCUCGGUUCCUAUUGAUGUAUUGAUUAUGUUGACAGCCUGAGAACAAAACAAACAAAAAAACACUCACACCUAAGGUCACGCCCAUCGUGCAUGCAUGUCUGUGGAAUCGUAGAGUCAAAGAUUACAUAAAUAGUAAAUAUAUUCUUUCAAUAAACAGCCGUUUCGAACAGGGAUUCGAACAGCAACAGUGUGGAUCGUAGAAAAGAGAGGAGAACGCCCUUUCGCCCGCAAAUUUCUUUGAUUUGUUUGGUACAUUGUAUUGAAACAUAAAAGUCUGACAAUGGUUAUUGCUUAGGUUAGGACAACGUAAGACAGAAGAGAGAAUAAACAGAGUAUUAUAU